AUGGCGGGCGAACCGUCCCAAGAAGCCACGCCUGUGGAACAGAUGCAAAACCUUCUCCUAGACGAAGUCACCGGGGAGAGGGUCUCCAAGUCGGAACUCAAGAAGAGGCAGAAGAAGCGCACAAUUGAUGCGAAGAGGGCCGAGAAGGCAGCGUCCGCUCCCGCUCCCGCGAAGCCGGUCGCGAAGGAAGCUAGUGCGGAGGAGAAGGAGAAGGAUCUGACUCCCAAUCAAUAUUUCGAGAUUCGAAGCAGAGCGAUCAAGAAGCUGAAGGAUACUCGGAACCCUGACCCAUACCCCCAUAAGUUCCAAGUCAGCACUGACCUCCGCGAAUUUUUGAAGAAGUACGACUCACUCGAGACCGGUCAACUAGUCGAAGAUGCCGAAAUUCGCAUCGGAGCUCGGAUAUACACCAAGCGCUCAUCAGGGACCAAGCUUCUGUUCUACGAUGUCCGCGCCGAGGGAGCGCGCGUGCAGAUCAUGUGCCAGAAUCAGUACGCCCAGGGCGAUGUGUCGUUCGAGAAGCAGCAUGAACACCUUCGACGUGGAGAUAUCAUUGGAAUCGUCGGGUUCCCAGGACGGACGAACCCCAAGAACCUGAAGGAGGGCAAGAAGGGGGAGCUGAGUAUCUUCGCCAAGGAGAUAAUCCUGCUGACCCCUUGCCUUCACCAACUUCCUGGCGAACAUUACGGCUUCAAGGACCAGGAGCAGCGGUUCCGACAACGCCACCUCGACCUCAUCAUGAACGACAAGACUCGAGAUACGUUCGUCACCCGCUCCAGGUUGAUCAGCUACAUCCGCCGAUACUUCGACGAUCGGGACUUCAUCGAGGUGGAGACUCCCAUGAUGAACAUCAUUGCCGGCGGCGCCACGGCGAAGCCGUUCAAGACGCACCACAACGAUCUGAACAUGGAUCUGUUCAUGCGUGUUGCGCCCGAAUUGUAUCUGAAGAUGCUGAUCGUCGGUGGACUGGAAAGGGUGUACGAAAUCGGGCGACAGUUCCGUAACGAGGGAAUCGACCUGACGCACAACCCGGAGUUCACGACCUGCGAAUUCUAUCAGGCGUACGCGGAUGUCUAUGAUAUUAUGGAGACGACCGAAGAUCUGGUGUCCGGCCUUGUCAAGCACCUUACUGGGGGAUAUCAAACCAAGUUCCACACGCAGCAUGGCGAGGUCUACGAGGUGAACUGGGCUCGACCAUGGCGAAGAGUCGAAAUGAUCCCGGCUCUCGAGGAAGCCAUCGGCGAGAAGUUCCCUCCAGGCGAUCAACUGCACACCCAGGAAACCAACGAAUGGAUGCGCGGCGUCCUGAAGCGCAUGAAAGUCGACUGCUCCCCCCCCCUCACCAACGCCCGCAUGCUCGACAAGCUCGUCGGCGAAUUCAUUGAAGAAACCUGCGUCAACCCCACCUUCAUCUUCGGCCACCCGCAGAUGAUGUCCCCUCUCGCGAAGUACCACCGCACCCAACCCGGCCUUUGCGAGCGCUUCGAGGCCUUCGUCUGCAAGAAGGAGAUCAUCAAUGCGUUCACUGAGCUGAACGACAGCUUUGAUCAGCGACUGCGCUUCGAGGAGCAGGCGAAUCAGAAGGAUCAGGGCGACGAUGAGGCGCAGUUGAUCGAUGAGACUUUCUGUCAGUCGCUGGAGUUCGGACUGCCGCCGACGGGAGGAUGGGGCAUGGGGAUCGAUCGCAUGGUGAUGUUCUUGACGGAUAACUACAGCAUCAAGGAGGUGUUAGCGUUCCCGAUGUUGAAGCCGGAGGAUCAGGGGGCGAAGUUGGCGGCGGAAAUCACCGGCGUGGAGCCUAUGCCUGAAGAGGGGAUCCCACACAAAUAG